AUAGUGUACUUUUAAGUAUGUAAGAAAGUGAGGUUAAUCUGUAAAUUCUUCAUGUCUGUAAAUUUCUGAUUUAGGUUAGUAUCAUCUCAAGGAAAUGGUGGUUACUAAUUCAUGUAAAAUAAUAAUUUCAUUGUUAUUGGUUUUAUGGUGUUCUGUCACUUAUGCAACUGAUAAUAGCAAAUGCCUGAAAUGUGUUAUUGGUCUGUAUUACUAUUCCUACCACGGUGUAGAAACUGGAACAUACAGUAUUUUGGAGAUAAAUCCAGAUGGCACAUACGCAGAGGAAGGUAGUGAUGCAGAUGGUAUUCGGAAUUCAAGAAAAGCAAUAGAUCGUCCCUAUAGCGGUCCUAGAGGUGUUUGGUCGUGUAGCAGUCCCACACAACUCACCGCUACAACAUAUUAUUUCGGAUAUGAACCAGUGAUAUCGAAAUUGCCAGCAGGCUCAAAAUUAAGUAAAACAUUUGUCACUGUACGUGAAUCCCAAAUUCAAUUUACAGAUUCCCCAAAGUGUAGCUUAUUUAAUGGAACACAAACGAUUUCAUUUUAUUCGUUGAAUGCCAAUUUACGUCCAUCACAAAUACAGACACAAGUUAAACAAUAUCCAUCAGUGAUAGAACCUUUUAGCGGCUACCAGCUUGCAAAUCGCAUUGCAACUUGA